GGCGGGCGGGACUUCCCGCGGCUGAGGGCGGGCGGCGCAGCCGCGAUGGUGGCGGCGUGAGGCGGCGGGGCCGGCGGCAUCUCUGCCCUCCGCGCGGCCCGGGCCGGGCAUGGAAGUGGAGAAGAUGGAUGAGAAUGAAUGGAAGUACCACGGGGAAGGCAACCAGAGCCUCGUCGUCUCACACUGCCAGCGCUGUGUGGUGCUGCGGUUCCUCAAGUCCCCCCCCAACCAGAAUAAGACUCCAGAGGAAAUACUACACCAUCUGCAAAACAUCGUAGACUUUGGAAAACAUGUGAUGAAGCAGUUCUUUGGGGAGAACUAUGUUCACCAUGGGGAAAUUAUUCAACUGCCUUUAGACUUUGUAAGACAGCUCUGUUUGAAAAUCCAGCCAGAGAGGCCAGAGUGUCGCUGUGACAAGGACAUGGACACGCUGAGCGGGUACGCCAUGUGCCUUCCCAACCUGACGCGGCUGCAGACGUUCCGCUUCGCCGAGCACCGGCCCAUCCUGUGCAUCGAGAUCAAGCCAAAGUGUGGCUUCAUCCCUUUUUCCAGCCACGUUUCACAGGAGAUAAAGCACAAGGUGUGUCGUUACUGUAUGCAUCAGCAUCUAAAGGUAGCCAAUGGAAAAUGGAAGCGACCAAGUAAAUAUUGCCCAUUGGAUCUCUUCUCAGGAAAUAAACAAAGAAUGCACUUUGCUUUGAAGAGCUUAUUACAGGAGGCACAGAACAACUUGAAAAUAUUUAAGAACGGGGAACUAAUUUAUGGCUGUAAGGAUGACCAGGACUGUGUCUCUGACUGGAACGAACUCGCUCGUCACUUAAAACCUUUCUUUUUCCCUUCCAACGGGCUGGUCAGCGGCCCCCACUGCACAAGGACAAUUGUUAAGGAAUUAAUCCACGUGAUCACCACGGCGCUGUUGAGUAGCACCGACUCCUGCAGGGCAGGUGACAUGAAGACAGUUCCCAUUUCACAAGGGAGAAGCUACUGUGAAGCAAGUGCUUUUAAUAAGGAGCUCGUAAGAAAUGGUAAACAUAAAUUGGAAAGCUCUGGUUUACCGAGGGGUUGUCUCCUUUAUAAAACCCUUCAGGCUCAGAUGCUCGACAUGCUGGAUAUUGAAGGACUCUAUCCUUUGUACAGUAGAGUUGAACAGUACUUGGAGGAGUUUCCUGAAGAGAGAAGUACAUUGCAGAUAGAUGGACCCUACAAUGAAGCGUUUUACGAGAAGCUGCUGGACCUUUCCCUGGAAGACGAUGGCACAGUGGCAUUUGCAUUAACAAAGGUGCAGCAGUACAGAAUAGCAAUGACUGCUAAAGACUGCUCCAUCAUGAUUGCCCUUUCCACCUGCCUGCAAGAUGAAUGCUCUGAGCAAAGACCUGUGGUACUGACAUCCAAAUCCAGAUUCACUUUCUCUGUUUCUGUGCUGGACCUGGACCUGAAGCCCUAUGAGAGCAUCCCCCACCAGUACAAACUGGAUGGGGAAAUUGUCAACUACUACCUGAAGAACGUACAGGCCAAAGAGGACCCAGUCAUGUCCAACCUCUUCAAGGAGCACGAGGACUGCACAUUAGUUCUCCAUAAAGUGUAACCAUUCCCUAAGGUUAUUUUUAUUCAAACAUAUGAGAAAGUGAAAGGUUAUUGGAAUACAGUUAUGGUGAUUUUUUUUUCUUUUCUUUUGUGUUCAGUGCAUUUUUCAGCUGUGAAUGUUUUUGCUUUAUGAAAUGAUUUUUAAAGGGUAAUGCCUUCUCAGAGAGCUGGGAUGGCACUAAGCCCCCCGUUUGCUAGAUAACCUUAAUGAAUGUAUUUAAUGUGACAGAACAGGUAAUGUGCCAUACCUUGGAACUAGAGGACAUAUCAAAUUAAUACAAGAAGUCCACUUCCUUAGAAUUGAAAGAGCACAGAAUUAAAGGUUUCCUGAACUAUUGCACUAACAUGUAAAGCCUAAUUACUAACAAGAGAAUUGCCUUGGAGCCUGUGCUUUGAGUCUCCCUCAUCCCUACUAAAGGAGGGAAUGCUCUGGCAACCCUAUACAACACUUUAGCAUUAAUCCACUGCAAAUGCAACCGUGCAGUGGCUGAUCUGUGGAACUGCCCUGGCACUGCAAACAUUGGAGUGCUAAUGCAUGGACUGGGAACACCAGGCUGCCUCCAGAGGUUGUGUGAGCACCUUGUAGCUACCUAAAGCUUCUGAAACACAGUGCAAGGGGUUAAGGUAAGCAGCCCUGAGUUUAACUUAUGAUAGUUGGGCUUAGCUCACCUGCCAUGCUGGUUUUUAUUGUCUAUGCUGCUAUUGGAGGUGAAACCACAGCUUCCUCUUGCCUCAUUUAAAUUGAGCUAUAAGAAUAACAUGUUCUGAGUUUUACAGAUCAUUUCAAACACUGGCACUAUUCCACUGAUGCCCCACACACUGCAGAGCAGGAGCAGCUUUAAGUGACACAGGAGAAAGGUGACAGAAUCCCAUUUUCUCCCCUGCAGCUGAAGGCUGGGCAGGUGCUGCAGUAAAAUCAUCCUUGGGGAAGAUCCUGAGCUGGAACUGAAGGGUGUGGCCAAACCUGAGGGUACAAUGAUAAAAUCUACAGCUCCUUUUCCCUCGAGGGUUACACCCCUGAGAGGUGCAGAGAUGCUCCUCCAGCCCCAGUGAACACCUCUUACCUGGACAGAGCCUGUGCUUACCAGUAACAGUGUUUAGGGUCAUGUAGCUUACCUCCUAAAAACAGAUUUGUAUUGUAACAUUUGAAUUGUUCCACUUUACCUGACAUUCAGAAAUGGGAUGCCCCUGUACCUUGGUACAACUCCAGAAAGGUGAAACACAGAGCCAGCAGUGCCCCUGUGCUGGCAUCCAGAGCCAGGAGCCCUUCUGGGGCAGGGCCUGAGGUGUGAGACUGCAGCAGUGCAAGGACCUGGCAGCUGAGAGCAGAACAGCCCCUUCCUCCCAAAGAACACCUGGAGGGAGAGAGCUACUCACAAAUCCAGAGACCCUCCAGCUAUUAGAGGAGAAAGGCAGGACCCUGCACAGCUGGGAGGUUUCCAGGUUUUUAUGCUGUAACUUUACACACAUUUCAUAUGCACACAGCAGUGUCUGUGCUGAGCAAACAGUUUUGUUUUCAGGCAAGGAAGAGGGAGCUAAAGAUAAAUGGAAUUAGAGGUUACACAAAACCAGCUCAACCAGUUCCACGCCAGUGGAGAAGGAGGAAUGAAUUUUGCCUGUGCACUGGAUUCCAAACCUGAAAUGAACCUGCCUUACCUACCACGACAGAGCUGCCAUUCAUCAAAGCCAGUCUGUGUUCAGCUGGCUCCAGCCUGACACUUUCUCCUGACCUACAGAACGGUGGGAGCCCAUUGCAGUGGGCAGACAGUGCAUUAUUGCAUUGAUGGCAUCAGAAACAUUCUGUGGCUUUGGUUCAGAUUUCUCCUCUUUCCCUGUUGCUGCAUGGGGUGAGUGGCUGUGCUGCCCUGGGGCUCCUCCUCCUCCAUGAGAGCCCAGAGCUGCUGCUUUGGGCUCCUGGCUCCAGGCACUGCUGCUCCCCCCUGAGCAGUCCCUGGCCUCCAGUCCCAUCAGUCUGGUUUGGUGCAGUGCAGGGCAGGAGCUCCUGCAAACACCGUGAGCUCCCAUGGGCUCAUGGCACACCUGCUGGAAGGCAAGGGAGAGGCAACACGAGGGGCUGAUCUGGUUUGUUUCUUCAGGGAUGGAUGUGUGAAAGGGGAGGCUGUGGCAAUGUGUUACAGAAUUUCCUCCUGGAAGUCAGGAAAGACAGGAAGGGCUGCAGUGGGCAGGAGGUGCCUGCUCACCUGUUCCCAUGGGCCUCUCUGGGUCAGAUUAACUGUCUCAACACUCACAUUGUGGAACAAAGUUACUUCAUCCAGUUAUCUUUGGGUUUUUUAGCAUUGUAUGUCUUUGAAAUCUUCAAAUUGUCUUCUUCCACCCUAAUUUAAUGAGAAAGCUGUUUAACUCUUUGUUCUAGGAGUCUCUUACUGUUCUCUUGUCAUUUUAAAAUCACUGUACUUUUACAGAGCUGUGAAAUGAAAUGGAUUUUUAUGGACUUGAUUUUGACAGUGCAUGAUCUUUUAACGAUUUCCAAGUAUCUAGAAAAUGUUAAGAAGAUAAACCACUCUGGUACAUUCAUGAUUCAGAAAGAUAAAUUUAUAAUGAAAUCUCUCUGUACAUGUAACUAUUUUAUUUGGCAUUUUUGUAUUUAAAUGGCUGUAUUUAUUUUCAUGUCAUGACAAUUUAUAUAUAACGUGCCAUAAUUGUACAGAUAGCAUGUUUUAUGAGUAUGGUUUCUAAAUGGAAAAUAACUUAAUGUUUAUAUUCAAUAAAAUUAUAGACCGUGUAACACAAUACCUUAAUUAAACUCCUUUUGAAAUUGC